GAGAAAGAAAGCAGAGGAAAUCUCUGUUUGGCAAACCACAAUCACUACUCUCUCUUUCUCUCACAACAAAAUCCAAACAGCCUCCAAUCACUGUCCCUCUCACUUCAACACAUACCAAGAAAAACCCUAACCCUAGAAGCUCCCCCCAGAAAUCCUUCCUCCUCCCCUCUUCAGCCUCACACCAAUGGAAGACGAAGAGGGUAUUGGCUUGAUUCUCGCCCGAGCCACCGAGCUCAGGCUUAAGAUCAACGACUGUAUUGAGGAUGUUUCCUCCGCUUCAGCCUCCUCCGGCGACGGAGAAAAUUCCGGCGGUACGGGCUCCUCUCCGGGAGAAGGGAGGGAGGGUAAGGGUUUGGAGAACGGGGAGGAGAAAUCUGAUCCCGGAAUUGACGGGGAAGUGGAGGAGUAUGAGGGUGAAGAAGCUGAGCGGCUUUUGCACAUACGUGAUGCUUUGGAGUCUCUUGAGUCUCAGCUUGCUGCUUUGCAGAAUCUACGGCAAAGACAACAAUACGAGAGGCAAGUUGCUCUCUCUGAGAUUGAUUACAGCAGGAAGAUGUUGCUUGAGAAGCUUAAGGAGUAUAAAGGUAAAGACUUUGAAGUAUUACGCGAGACAUCUGCUUUUGCUGGCGAACGGGUCGAGUAUGAGAGCGAUCUUCUUCUUCCUCCUUAUCCCAUCCGCCCACCUCUUGCCCUCGUUCCUGAGAAUGGCUACCUUCCUCACUUGCCUUCAAAGCAGAAAAACGACAGAAAUGGUCUCGUCUCGAGCAGUCCAAAAGAUGAGGUGAAGAGGAAUACCCCUUACAGAGAAUCUGAAAACUCAAGUAACCGGGUAAUUCGCUUCGUGGGUUCUGUUGCAAAGAUCAUGCUUCCAAUCAUAGGCGUGAUAUCUAUAUUGACUGCAUCCGGAUACGGUCCUGAGAUCAGGAAAAGAGGCGCAUCAUUGAAACUUCUUCGAUUUCUACAGCCACAAGCCAACGGAGAGAAGAGAUCAUCAGUUCAGUGCCCGCCCGGGAAAGUUCUGGUGAUGGAAGGAGGCGAAGCUCAUUGCCUCGUGAAGGAGAGGGUUGAAGUACCCUUCGAUUCAGUUGUCCCGAAACGCGAUGUAACUUACGGAUACGGUUGAAAAACCUCCAUCUAUAAUCUCAUUUGCCUACAUUGUGAGUAAAGUUUCGGGCUUUCCCUUAGUUGUGAAGCUACGAUGUUUGCAUAUCUCAAAAAAAGUUUUGUUCUUCAGAGAAGAAAGAGGUCCCA